AUGGAUCACUUAUACUUCAGUGACUUCCCAAAGAAAGACAAUAAGAAAAAAUACAUAUUUGCUUUAGUCGGAGCUAUUGGACUUAUCUGCGUAUUAGGAGCGAUCUUUGUCUUAUCUUCUAGCCACAGCACCCCAGCCCUUCAACAAUUUUCUGCAGAAGAAGACGAAUUCCAAGCCUGGAUGAAACUUUAUAAUAAGGUCUACAAGACUCAAGAAGAGUAUGAGAGGAGGCUUAAGACCUCCCAAGAAAACUCCGUCAUAAUUCGCAUUCAUAACAGCUUAGACUAUGAUUUUGUCUUGGGAAGUAACCAGUUCGCUGAUAUGGACUACCAUGAAUUCGCAACUACUUAUCUGAGAACUUUGGUGCCAAAAAGAGAAGAGACUGUCAGAGUGGCUGCGAGGACAUUAAAAAGCUACCCAAGCAGCGUGGACUGGAGAGAACAAGGUGCUGUUACUUCAGUCAAAAACCAAGGAAGCUGUGGUAGCUGUUGGGCAUUUUCAGCGGCGGGAUCUAUUGAAGGAGCCUGGUUCUUGGCAGGAAAUGAGCUAGUUUCCCUCAGUGAACAAGAGCUUAUUGAUUGCUCGUAUUCAUAUGGAAACCAAGGCUGCAAUGGUGGAUGGAUGGACUCUGCUUUCCAAUUUGUCGCCAAGUAUGGAAUAACCUCAAACAGUAGCUAUCCAUAUACAGGCACAAACAGCACUUGUAAUGAAGCUCUUGCCAGUAAUAAAAUUGCAACCAUUACAAAUUAUACUGAUGUCGAGCCUAAUUCAGCCUCAGCUUUGCAUGAAGCUAUUGCAUUAAAUCCGGUCUCAGUAGCAGUGGAGGCUAGUUUUUGGGCUUGGCAGCUCUACAAGAGCGGAGUCAUUACCAAAAACUGUGGAACCAACCUGAAUCAUGGAGUCCUGGCAGUUGGGUACAAUGACGAUGCGACUCCUCCUUAUUACAUUAUCAAAAACUCAUGGGGUACAACUUGGGGAGAAGCAGGAUACUGCAGACUUGGCAUUAAGGACGGAGAAGGCGUCUGCGGGGUCCAGAUGGCACCUUCAUACCCAGUUGUUUAG